AUGGCGGCGGCUAGCCAACCGGCUUCGUGCCUGGAGCUGGAGAUGACGGUGGCGGUGGAGGGCAAGGAGGGUGCGGUCGGGCUGACAGCAGGAGCGUACGCACCGCAGGGGCGAUACCUCCUCGCGGGAGACUCGGCGGGUGAGGUACAUCUGUGUAACCUGGUCGAUGGCCUCCAUGUUGCGGCUCUGCCACAUGCUGCAAAGGCCGUCAAGGCGCUGGCUCUUACUGCGGAUGGCGCUCGGUUUGCUGCAGGUUCGGGCGACAAGGCCCUCGCGGUGUGGGACAUCGAGUCCGGCGCUCCUGUCCGCCGAUGGGACCGCUUGCCGGGUGUGCCUGCGGGAGUCGCCCUCAACGGCCCGGGUUCGGUCUUGUUCGCCGGAUCGCUCAGCAGCGUGCUUGUCUAUGACGUCCGCUCGGGCGUCCGCACCCCGCUGCAGGUGCUCAAGGGGCCGACCGACCGGGUUGUUGACAUUGUCUUUGACGAGAGCCACGCUCCGGAUCCGCUGCCGGCGCCGGUCAUCCGCGCCGCCUCGCUUGAUGGCAGCGUGUGCAGCUGGGAGCUUCGAUCCGGCCGCUUGGUGGUCGACGAGCUUGGGGAGGGCGGGCUGGCCUCGCUCGACGUCUCUGUCGACGGGCAAAUGCUGCUGGUGAGGACUCUCUCGGGCCACAUCGGAUCGUACGCGGCUGCCUCUGGCGAGGCUGCGAUGUGCUACGCUGAGCGCGGCAUGCGCGAGGACCAGCUGCGAACGAACGCAGUGCUGGCGGGGCGGGGCACCACCGUAGUGGCCGGCGACGCCGACGGCGGCCUGCGGGUGCGGCCGCGCACGACUCGGUAG